AUGGCAGAGUCAGCCUUGCUCCAAGAGCUGAAAGAUCUUCAGGCCAACAAAGAUGCCGUGGAUGCGGUGUGUCAGAAACAUGUCAAGGAACGGGAGGAACUGGAGAGUUCUCAGAAGAAACUUUUGGAAGAGAAAGAUGCAGUUGUUAAAGACAAAGAUGAUGUUAUUCAGAAGCUGGAAAGUUCUCGUGAGGCCCUAGCCAGAGAUCAAAGAGAGCUGCUGCGAGAAGUGUCAGCUCUGACUGCAGAGAGAGAUUCAGUCCUAGGGAAACAUGCAGAUCUUACAAAUACACAUGAAGCCUUAAAGAUUGAAAUGAACAGUCUAUUGCAGGCGAAUGGGAGUCUGCAGUCUGAGAAGGAGACACUUCUUAAAAGCAUGGAAGAGCUGCGUGUGAGUUUAGACAAUACGGCUGGCGAAAAGCAAGCUUUAAAAGUGAGAGCAGAAGCGAUGCAAGCAGAGCUAGAGACAGAACAGAACGAACUUAAAAAAGCGAUGAAAGACAAUACAGAGUUGAAGGAUUCCCUUGCUAGUCUCUCUUGUCUUCUUGAGGAAACUAAAGCCGAGAGAGAGAGAUCCGAUUCUGAAUGUGUCCGGUUACUCGAGGAAAAAGAGGCUCUUUCUUUGUCAGAGCGAGGGCUUUUGGCUGAGAGGGAGGAGCUGUUAAAUGAAAAGAAGGCAAUUACUGAAAAGCUUGCCAAGACCACGGCAGAUGCCUUACUUGCUGAGAGAGUCUUCACUGAAAAAAUAAAUGAACUGAAUGUAGAAAAGGAAUCUAUUUUUCAUAAGUCGUUGCAAUUUGAGAGGCACAAUGAAGCUCUUCUCCAAGAGAAGAAUGAAUUGGAGAGCAAAUGCUUGUUGCUUCUUGACGAGAACAAGUCUUCUGCAAACACGGUUUCUGAUCUGAAGAGAGAAUGUGAACUGGAAGUCUCGGCAAAGAGAGCUCUGGCCCAAGAGAACACCGUGCUCCAAGAUUCCAUUGAAGCCCUCAAGGAAGAACUAAGUAAGAAGACUCUAGAAAAUCAAGAACUAAUAGCCUGUAAAUGUGACCUCUCCAAUCUUCUGAAAGAGGCCCAGGAAGCCAAAAGAACUUUAGAAAAUGAAUUGGCUGCUGUGUCACAUGCUGAGCAGGUCCUGUCGUCUUCACUCAAGACCUGUUCCUCUGAUAGGGAAGUGCUGACCAGAGAAAGGGCCGAACUGCAAGAGAAGUGUCAGAAAUUAAGUGGAGAGGUUGCAGUUAUGAAAGAAAACUUAACCACAGAAAAGGAAGCUAGAAAACAGGACAAGGAAUCAUUUUUGUUGGAACUUACGGAACUUCAAAGCAACAUCAGUGUCUUAGAGAAGGAGAUAGAAGAGCAGAGAGAGAAAACCAAAGAAUUUCUAGCUGAGAAAGCACUUUUCAUUCAGGAGAAAGAGAAAUCUGAAGGUAAACUGCUGGAAAUAAUGCAAGAGAACAAAACCCUCCAUGCAGAGACAGAGCAGCUCACUUCCAGCAUUGAACAACUGAAGAGUGACUUUGCCUCUUUGUCUAAAUCGAAAGCAGAGCUCCAGGGCUUGCACAGCCGUGUCUCCGAGAGGCUAGAGGUGGCGGAGGAGGAGAGAAGAAAGUUGCUUCAGGAAAAUGAAAGCCUGCUUGCUGAGCAGAAGAGCCUGCUCGUCGUUAAGGAACAUGUACUGCAGGAGAAAGAGAAAUUCUCCAAGGAUUAUUAUAAAUUGCGCGAGGAACUAGCGCUUUUAGAACAAACUAAUAGUGACCUCUCAGGCAAAUUGCUGGUGUUGCAGGGCAAAAACGAGAUGCUGCAGGAGGAGAUGAACAAUCUGGCUUUGAAACUAAACGCAGUUGAGACUCUCCAGGCCCAAACGGUAGCGCAAAAAAAUGAGGUAUCGAGACACACAGUUAAAAUAACCAAGUAUGGUCGUACUAAUACCAAGCACUAA